AUGCAAGCGGAUAGGCAAAAGACGGUGCAGGCUGCGGUCCUGUGCAACACGCGCCAGCUGCGCCCGCGCAUGCACGUGAAGGCAGAGGACGACUUUGCAUCCAGCGACGAGGAGAAGAGGACGAUCACAAGCUAUGAGUCCCUUGAUGACAUGCCCAGGAUCGUGCCUGAUGGCAUGUGCUCCCUGAACAGGAGCGAGUGCCUGCAGCGCUACAGGGACAAGAAACAGCGUCGCCACUUCACCCACAAGGUCCGGUACACUGCCCGCAAGCUGAACGCUGACAGGCGCCCGCACAUCAAGGGCCGCUUUGUCAAGGCUUGUGACCUGGCUGCGGCAGCCGGGGAGGUGUGA